GCCCCCUUUGCUGGGUGUCUGUGCUGAGCUGUCAGCCUUGGCCACGGACCUGGGAGCCCGACGGAGGCAGAGGACCCCCUGGCCGGGCCCGGGCCACAUCGCCGUCCUCCCGCGGCCCCGCGAGCCCGGGCAGAGGCCGCCAGCAUGGGGCAGGAAGAGGAGCUGCUGAGAAUCGCCAAGAAACUGGAUAAAAUGGUGUCCAGAAAGCACACGGAAGGAGCCCUGGAUCUCCUGAAGAAACUGAAUGGCUACAAGAUGUCAAUCCAGUUACUGCAGACCACCAGGAUUGGGAUUGCUGUCAAUGGGGUCCGGAAGCACUGCUUGGAUAAGGAGGUGGUGGCGCUGGCCAAAAUUCUCAUCAAGAACUGGAAGCGGCUCCUGGAUGCCCCUGAGACCUCCAAAAAGGAGAAAUCGAUGGAAAGAGAAAAAGAGAAGAAGAAAGAGCAAGGGGUUGACCUUCCUGAGUGGAAACCACUGGGGGCUUUUUCCCCCCAGAACAAAAGCCCGGGGGAAGAAGGAAAGGACAGGAGAGACUCUUCAGAGUCGGGGUCUUCCUCCACAGUCUCCUCCCCAUCUUUUUCCUCUUCCUCGUCUCCUCAGAAGAGACCAGUGGAAAGAUCUAACAGCAGCAAAGGGAAAGUGGAGACCCCAAAGACACCCACCAGCCCCUCUUCCCCUACAUUUUCUCCAUCGACCUGCUUCUUGGCCCCGUGCUACCUCACAGGAGACUCUGUCCGGGAUAAGUGUGUGGAGAUGCUGUCAGCAGCCCUGAAGAUGGAUGGUGAUUACAAAGAAUAUGGAGUCAACUGUGACAAGAUGGCAUCAGAGAUUGAAGAUCAUAUAUAUCAGGAACUGAAAGGCACAGACAUGAAGUAUCGGAACCGGGUGCGCAGCCGAAUCAGUAACCUCAAGGACCCCAGGAACCCCAGCUUGAGGCGGAACGUGCUCUGUGGGGCCAUUUCCACCAGCCUCAUUGCCAGGAUGACGGCCGAGGAAAUGGCCAGUGACGAGCUGAAGGAGCUGAGGAGCGCCAUGACGCUGGAGGCCAUUCGGGAGCACCAGAUGGCCAAGACCGGGGGCACCACAACCGAUCUUUUCCAGUGCAGCAAGUGUAAAAAGAAGAAUUGUACUUACAAUCAGGUGCAGACACGAAGUGCUGAUGAGCCCAUGACCACUUUUGUCUUAUGUAACGAGUGUGGCAACCGCUGGAAGUUCUGCUGAGCGGCUGCCAGCCGGGCCUGCCGUGUUGGAGAACCCGAAGGAGAAGGCGCUGGGCUCCCUGCCUGGAGCUCAGCCAGAGAGGCCAGAUAGGAAGGGAUUGCGCAGAGGAGCCUCCCCAGAAUCCACAGCCGACUCUGGCCUCAGCUUUCCCCGGCGGGUUAGAAAGGGUAUUUUUUACUGGGAAGUCCAGAAUGGCAGAGCUCCGACCUCUGCUUGUUCCCCCCCGCCCCGAUCCUGCAGCAGAGUAGAAAUACGGACUUCUCUAAGGUUCCCACAGAAUACCCAAACUACCAGAGAAAUUAAAAUCUAGGCUGUCCGAAAUGAGAGGCAGUUUUGGACAUGGACUCUCCAAGGACACGGAGAGGGAGGGUUUUUGAGAUAGAGGGAAAAGCUGAGGCCCAGAGAAAAGAUACUUGCCCUAGGUGGCAGAGACAGCUUGUGCCCAUAGUAGAGCUUAGCCCCCGUACCAUCCUCUAGAUAGCAGAAACAGCUUGUGUUGGGCACUGGUACCCCAGAUGCCCACAGAGCUCAGCCCCUGUACCAUUCCCUAAAUGGCAGGAACAGCUUGUGUUGGGCACUGGUACCCCAGCUAUCCAGGUCUGGGCUCUGUACCUUCCUGCUCCUGGGGAAUGACUGCAAAGACACAGGUAUUUGAAUCCUUCCCCAGCAAUUAAUUCUUCUCAAGGUUUUCUCCACUAAAAAUACUAAGUGUGACAUCCCUGUCUGUCCCAUCAUUUCCUUCAGUUAGCAAUCAGCACCUCAUUUGGUCUAAUAUUAGCUUUGAUAAGAUCCCAAUCUUUGGAUUCAGGGGUCAUUGUUCAGUAGUUUUCAGACCCAUUUUGGGGGUUUUCUUGGAAAUAUUUGCCAUUCCCUUUUCCAGAUCAUUUUACAG